UAAUAUAGCACUAUCACAAGAUCGAAUUUCGCUUCUCUCACCCCCAGGCCUACCCUAGCGCCUCGGUUUGCGACAUUCACCUGUGAAAUCCCCGCAGACAUAAUGCGACAGAAACGCGUCGUAGAUAAGAACAUGUGUGUUCCUGUACUAGAGGCUGGAGCCUCAUUGCGCAGGGCCUCUAGUCGACACCAUUCAUUUGUCGGCACUGUUACCCGGAUCCCGAUACUUUCGAGUAACGUCUUCUUAAACUGGUCGGCUUGAAAUGGCUCCGGCGACCUUAAAUAAAGCUAUAUUGUGGGCUGCUGUUGUGCUCGCGGCGUCCGCUACUGCCCAGGACACUUGCGCUACGGUCGAAGAAAAUACCAACAUCACCGUGCUGAAGCCGUGGACCUUGGACUACAGCACCGAGCAAACCCAAUACUGGUCUACGUAUUCUGGUGAUCUCAAGCCGACAUGCAUUCUCGAGCCAGAAACACCCGAAGAAGUUGCUGCGAUCGUAUCCAUCCUACGCGGCAAUAACGAGACCUUCGCAGUUAAGUCGGGUGGCCACAACCCAAAUAAUUACUUCGCUAGCGUUUCCGGAGGACCGCUCAUCUCGACUAAGAAGCUCAACGAAGUCAUCUUUUACCCCGACUCUGAGACGGUAAGAGUCGGCCCCGGUAAUCGAUGGGACGAAGUAGGGGAGCAACUUGAUGCCACUAACUACACUGUCGUCGGCGGGCGCAUUGGAAACGUAGGCGUGGGUGGUUAUCUGCUGGGAGGUGGUUUGAGUUUUAUGAGCGCACAGUAUGGCUGGGCUGCUAACUCCCUCCUCGAGGCCACGGUAGUAUUGGCAAACUCGUCGAUUGUUACUGUUAGCCAGACCAGUCACCCCGACCUAUUGAUGGUACUAAAAGGGGGCGGUAACAAUUUUGGUAUCGUAACAUCAUACCUGCUCCAAGCAUAUCCGCAAGGAGACAUAUGGGGCGGCAAUCUCGAGUUCACUGCUACGGCCGAAACCAAUGCAGCAAUUCUGAGCGCGGUCCGCAACUUUACGGAGAACUACCCCGAUGAAAAGGCUGGUAUUAUCGUGACGGCGGAGCGAACAUUGUCUACCCUUCUCGACAUCUGGGUCAUGUUCCUAUACUACAACGGUCCCGAGCCACCACAAGGCGUAUUCGACGAAUUCCUUGCUAUCGGACCUACCAUUAACACUUGCAAGACGCAAAGGUAUUCCGCUCUGCUCAGCGGCAAUAACUGGGCGGUUGUGAAAGGAAGCGUUUAUACUAUCGGGACCGAAACGAUUCCACUGCCCAGCGCGGAGGAGGGUCCUGAAAUUAUGGGCUCCAUCUUCGAUCACUGGGUAAACGUCAGCAACACAGCUCAGUUGGUGCCAGGGCUCAUCGCUAGCAUCGCCUUCCAGCCUAUGCCCAAGCAAAUAGCAUCGUUAGCGACGUCCAAAGGCGGUGACAUGUUAGAUCUAGAUGACAGCAUAAACCGAAUAGUCGUCGAGUUGGAUUAUAGUUUCUUGUUCAAGUCGGACUAUGCCAAGAUUGAUUCGACUAUGCGGGCCACAUAUGACGGCAUUGGAGACAUCGUCAAGACCAAUCAGGCGAGCGGCGCCCUCCCAUCGGACGUGUUCCUGCCGCUUUUUAUGAAUGAUGGAUUUUACCCCCAGGACUACUUCGGCAGGUUGAGACCUGAGAAGCUUCAAUUGGCUCAGACAGUCCAAGCUGAUGUCGACCCUGACGGAUUUUGGAAGGACAGGACCGGCGGAUUUAAGAUACCCUCUACAUGAUGGAAUUGGAAAGAGAAUGACCCAUACAUAGGCCGUUAAUGCGAUGAUAUAUGCCUAGGUAUACAUAGAAAAUAAUAUAAUGAUAAUUCCGUCCAUCUAGGUUGAG